UCGUUCGAAAGUCGCGCUCUCGUCGGGACGAGGGCUUGGGGUCUCCCGUGCAUGAGACGAGGGAUCGCCGUAGGCCGAUUCGUCUUGUACUACUCCAGGUGCAAGUACACCCAAACGUGUCAGUAAGGCCCAACGACGAGUAAUGCUAACGAGUUAGGUGACCACAAGGGCGUCAGGCAUCGGGUGAUCCGCCGCUUCUCGGCGACGGAGCCGCCCCAGAGUCAUGGGGUCUCUGCGAAGUCGCAGGCAUCCACCCUGAGACAAUGGAGCGAGAUGCCUAUGCACCUGCAGUUCAAUCCGUAUAUACGCGGGGGUUACAGGCCCCUCAUGAAGCCCGUCGAGUGCCUCAGGAGCAUCUUCUGCCUGCACAACGAGACUGUGAAUAUAUGGACGCACGGAGUUGCCAUUAUUUAUAUAUUGAUCACUGUGCCGCAUCUACUUCCAUGGGGAACGCGCGAAUCCCUUAUGGGUUUUCUCUCCUGGUGUCAUGUGAUCGGAGCCAUCAGUCCGUGGAUCGGAUCCUUCCUCUACCACGUCUUCAUGAACCUCGACUUCGGCGAGGCCGUUUACAAGUACCUGCUUAAGCUCGACAUGCUUGGAAUUUGGAUUUGUCAAAGCAUCGGAGCAAUGCCAUUGAUUGCAGCAUCGGUGCACUGCUUGCCAAACAUAUUUUGGUAUUUAUGUAUUGCCACCUACUGUUUUCUCAGCGUUUGGGGCCUUUUUAAAGCGAUGCACGCAAAGUCGCCUUGGGAAAGACGUUUGUGUUUUUCGCCGCCUUUCAUGAUGCGUAUGUUGGUUCUCAUCUUCCGGUGUUUCGGUUUUGGUGGUGGAAAUCCUGAAGCAUUUACUCAGGUUGUACUUCAGGACCUAAUCACGGUAAUCGGCGGGACCAUCGGGGCGCUGCGCAUCCCAGAGAAGUGGAUACCAGGGAAAGUAGACUUGCUCCUCAACUCUCACAACAUAAUGCAUGUGAUGGUCGUGCUGGCAGUCUGCUCGAUGCACUCUGCUACACUUCAAGACCUUGCUUGGAUGACAAAGCCCGGGGUUUGCCUCCAGCAGCCAAUGACCAACGCGGGACUCGCCUCGACCAUGGACCAUCACGAUCUUUAGCGUCGAUCGCGAGAAGAUUCGAUUCGCUGAAAUGCCUGUAUCAUUGAACGUGGAAUAAGUUAUCGUUGAUGAUAUUUGUUUUAGUGACAGUGUUCAAUAACUUGCAGGCCUUUGAGGUAUAUGUAAUACAUUUUAAGGCACCAUUAGAUAUUAUACCUACGUACCUUAUCAUUACAAUAAUACAAUUAGAUUAAUUGACUUUUUCAUUGCAGUAUAACAUAGAAGAUGAAAAUAUUAUAAUCUCCGAACUACUAAUUGCGAUAACAUAUAAUCAAUAACUAAUUAAGCAUUAUGACUAUUUGAGACACUAUGCCUUUUAAAAUUCUUAUCUUAAAGAAAGUUCAAUAUUGCUUCUGUUUUCGAUAAAAACGUACCGUUCUAAUGUUAAGCAUUAGUUUCUACUUAAAGAUUUAAUAAUACUAAG